CCCACCUCCAGGUACGUAUCAACUCGACACUCCCACGACAGUAGAGAGCUCCUCCUGUCUUUAUUAAAACAAUGGCUACACCCGAAACCCAUCAUCUUUUUCACAGCUCGAUUGCCGAUCAUUCCUUCUCGUCCGACAACUCGGUCCUCGCUGUUGCUCGAGAGAACAAUGUGGAGCUUUACCGAAAGGCAGGUAGCAAGCUCUCCCUGACGGAUGAGCUGAAGGGCCACGAAAAGACUGUUACUAGUGUUGAUAUUGCGCCCAGCUCAGGUCGUAUUGUAACCUGCUCGCAAGACCGCAACGCCUACGUUUGGGAACAGACCCCCGCCGGAUGGAAACCAACACUGGUGCUACUUCGGAUCAAUAGGGCUGCAACCUUUGUGCGCUGGUCGCCAUCUGAACAAAAAUUUGCCGUCGGAUCUGGUGCCCGUGUGAUCGCAGUAUGUUACUUUGAGGAGGAGAACGAUUGGUGGAUUUCCAAACACCUCAAAAAGCCGAUUCGGAGUACCAUCACCACUCUUGCCUGGCAUCCAAACUCUGUUCUACUUGCUGCAGGAUCGACCGACUCUCAUGCGAGGGUUCUGUCGAGUUUCAUCAAGGGUGUUGAUACUCGCCCGGAGCCGAGUGCGUGGGGAGAACGCCUGCCAUUUAAUACCAUCUGUGGCGAGUUUCUGAACGACUCGGCGGGAUGGAUCCAAGGCGUUUCCUUCUCCCCCAGUGGGGAUGUACUUGCGUUUACAGGGCAUGAUAGCAGUGUCACCAUUGUGUAUCCAAGUGCUCCAGAACAGCCUCCUCGCGCUAUGUUGAACAUCUCGACCCGUCUUCUCCCGUUCAACAGUUUGAUCUGGAAUGGAGAGAAUGAGAUUAUUGCCGCUGGCCAUGAUUGUGAGCCGUAUCGUUUGCGUGGAGACGAAAACGGAUGGCAGUUGGAAGGAAGUAUCGAGAACAAGGCAGGGGCUGGCGCUGGAAAUGUCCGCGAAGAGUCUGCACUUAACAUGUUCCGUCAAAUGGACCUGAAGGGACAAACACAAGCCGACACACAACUCAAGACGGUUCACCAGAACACCAUCAACACCAUCAGAGUUUAUGAAGAUGUCAAUGGCUCUGUGCACAAACUCAGCAUCGACGAAACUCAGACAUGGCAUACGGGCCCAUUACUCUUUGACUCUUGCGGCUAUAUCGCCCUUUCGCACCCCCCCUCACCCAAACGCAUCAUCGUUGCUUUUCGUGGUACAUACUCAAUUCCAAACGCCAUCGCCGACCUUUCUGCCUUUCUUCAAGAAUACGUACCGUUUACCGGGGGCAAUAACACUGACGGCGACGGGUCCAGAUGUGCAGACUGUUUUGUACACUUAGGUUUUAUGAACGAGUGGCGAUCAACCCGCACGGCAAUCCUAGACGCCAUCUCCGCAGCACGAGACCAGUACCCGGAUUACGCGCUGACAUUAGUAGGCCACUCUCUUGGUGGCGCUGUUGCCGCUCUUGCGGGUACAGAAAUGCAACUGCGCGGAUGGAACCCUGUCGUGACGACAUUUGGGGAACCGAGGGUGGGGAACAAGGCGUUUGUGGAGUAUCUGGAUACGGUCUUCCAUCUUGAUUCCGACAACGUUAGAGAUUGGAAAUUCCACCGUGUUACUCACGUGGAUGACCCUGUACCUCUAGUUCCACUUAAUGAAUGGGGCUAUGAGAUGCACAGCGGGGAGAUUUACAUCUCCCGUGUUGAGCUUCCGUUUUCUGUUGACGAUGUUAAGUAUUGCAAAGGAAGAUCUGACCAAGAGUGCAUCUCUGGUGCAGAGGGAUUAAGGACCAGUUCCCCAUCACAUCAUGAACACGACAUUGAUUUCCUGGGGUCCAACGCGGAGCAGCAGGUUCUCUCGACCUCAUCCUCAACCUCAUCCUUUUUGGAUGAGGUUGAUGAAAGCGGAGACGAAGAAGAAAUCUCUCGGGAACCUAAAUUUCGAAUCAAACCUCACCUUCCGUGGAACUUUCUUCCACCUAGGUUUCGACUGUGGGAGUUGUUUUACUCUCACCGUGAUUAUUUCCUUCGCCUAGGCCUUUGCAUUCCAGGCGGUGAUCCGUCGGGGAGGUGGUAG